ACGAAGAGCAGGUCUGGCAGGAAGAGCUCGGGGCAAGUUGUGUCAGGGCUUCCAGAAGGAAGUGUCCAAGUGAUUGAAUAUGAGGGUGUGGCACCUAGGAGAAGGAUCUGGACAGGACGGCACAGAAAUGGAGAGGAAGCCGUGGGUACUACUAACAACGGUUUUAAAAAAACUUUUGCUGAAGGAACGUAUUUGCUGAUAUAUAUAGUUUCAGAAUGUCAAGUUCUGUGUCCUACUGGAUCUUAAAUUCUGCAAGGAAUAGCAUUGCCACAUUACAAGGAGGUGGACGUUUAUAUUCAAGGUGUGCCUCAAAUUGGAAUAAAUCAAAAUGGAGGCUCUUUUCCCCGGCACUGGCCACUCUAAAAAAUGAUGCACCAUGUGGUAGCUUUGCUCUGCAGAAAGCCUACAGACACACAUCAACGGAGGAAGACGAUUUCCACUUACAGCUCAGCCCUGAGCAGGUAAAUGAAGUGCUUCGAGCUGGUGAGUCUGCCCACAAGAUUCUUGACCUGGUCAACGGAGUUCCAAAUUCCGUGUUGCGGUUUGAGAGCAACCAGCUGGCUGCCAACUCCCCAGUGGAGGACCGACGAGGUGUGGCCUCCUGCCUGCAGACCAAUGGGCUCAUGUUUGGCAUCUUUGAUGGACAUGGUGGCCAUGCAUGUGCUCAAGCAGUGAGCGAACGGCUCUUCUACUAUGUGGCAGUGUCACUGAUGUCCCAGCAGACCCUGGAGCAGAUGGAGGGAGCAAUGGAAAGCAUGAAGCCCCUGCUGCCCAUCCUGCAGUGGCUCAAGCAUCCAGGGGACAGUAUCUAUAAGGAUGUCACAUCCAUGCACCUUGAUCACCUCCGUGUCUACUGGCAGGAGCUGCUUGACGUGCACAUGGAAAUGGGACUGAACAUUGAGGAAGCAUUAAUGUACUCCUUCCAGAGACUGGAUUCUGACAUCUCGCUGGAAAUCCAGGCCCCCCUGGAAGAUGAGAUGACAAGGAACCUUUCACUCCAGGUCGCUUUCUCCGGGGCAACAGCUUGCAUGGCCCAUGUCGACGGAGUUCACUUGCAUGUGGCAAACGCAGGUGACUGUCGGGCCAUCCUUGGUGUCCAGGAGGACAAUGGCAUGUGGUCUUGUCUUCCCCUCACCCGCGAUCACAAUGCCUGGAACCAGGCUGAGUUGUCACGGCUAAAGAAGGAGCAUCCUGCGUCAGAGGACAAGACAGUCAUCAUGGAUGACAGGCUGCUGGGCAUCCUCAUGCCCUGCAGGGCCUUUGGGGACGUCCAGCUAAAGUGGAGCAAGGAGCUGCAACGCAGUGUCCUAGAGAGGGGCUUUGACACUGAGGCCCUCAACAUUUACCAGUUCACCUCCCCGCACUACUAUACUCCACCCUACCUGACUGCCAAGCCUGAGGUCACAUACCACAGACUGAGGCCCCAGGAUAAGUUCCUCGUGCUGGCCUCAGACGGCCUGUGGGACAUGCUGGGCAAUGAGGAUGUAGUGAGGCUGGUGGUGGAGCACCUGGCUGAAGCUGGUCGGCACAAGCCGGACCUGGCCCAGAGACCUGCCAACCUGGGCCUCAUGCAGAGCCUGCUGCUGCAGAGGAAAGCCCAGGGGCUCCAGGCUGCCGACCAGAAUGCAGCCACACAUCUGAUCAGACAUGCCAUUGGGAGCAACGAGUAUGGGGAGAUGGAGCCGGAGCGGCUGACGGCCAUGCUGACGUUGCCGGAGGAUUUGGCGAGGAUGUACAGGGAUGACAUCACUGUCACUGUGGUGUAUUUUAACUCAGACUCAAUUGAUGCAUGUUACAAGGGAGAUUAAGAGUCUCCCAUCCUAUUGCUGAGAUUAAUUUAAAUGCUUUUCUAAGACAUUCUCACUUAUUCUUAAACUGGCUCUUCAAACCUUGCUGUUAAAAGGUAGGCAGAUGUAGCUUGUUUAGUGAUAGACUAACGUGAGACAAGCAGACCAGGUUUAAAAGUGGUAGCAGUGAUUUCAUGUCCCUGUGUGUUUGGCUACCUCUCCUACCAGAGAGGGCAGAGCAUGAGACCAUAGAGCUGGCUUGGACUCACAAAGCCCAAGUCCUGUUAGAAAGAUACUGUUGUUGAACUGUGCCAGCCUGGGCCUUCAAAGGGCAAAUUUAAUCAUGAUUCUAAGGCUAUGAAGAACUUUGCGAUCUUCUGAGGUCUUGCUACAAAAUCUGCCAACUUGAUAAUUUUCAGUUCACCAUCAUGGACUUCUAGACUGUGAAGGGAGGUUUUGUUUGUUUUUUAUUUUUAAGUUACUAAGACCUAGUUUUACAAAGCAUAUUACAGGAUAAUUUUCUAUGCAAUAUUCUGACUUGUUUUUUUGUGAUUAUAUUUGUGAAAACAUUUUGUAAUACUGCAUUCUAGUUCUGUUUUUAGUUUAUAUUAAAACUGAGUCCUCAAACUUGCAAACACGCCUGCUGUAAGCAUGCCUGGAAUGACUUGUCUUGGUUUUCAGCUGAGGGUGAGAGGGGCUAGGCCUCUGGACCAGCUGGAUUUAUUUUUCAGUCCCUUCUACUGAGUCCUGUCCGCUGAACCUUUGAGCCAUACUAGGAGGUAACUUCUCUCUAAGCCUUAACUCUUGGUCUUUCCAGCAUUGAUACGCUUUCCUCCAGGUCUUAGCCUCUGGAGUUUAUCUGUAACACUUAACCUUUCUGAUUAUACCUCUCAAACAUUCUUCUCUUAAUUCCAGCUAACACUCCUACCUCUCUUCUGCUGAAUUCUCUCACUCUGCUGCUGCUGAUUGCACAGUGCUGUCUGGGAAGAAUGCUCCCUCUUCAGUUGCUUGCAGGGAAAGAGAAAAUGUGAUCGCAUGUGGUAAUUGUGACAGAUGUUUAGGCAGGACUGGCUUAUGUAGUGGAUUGUGGACUGAAGAGUUAGCCUGAAUUUAGAGAUGAAAGCAUGAAGGACGUGAAAACAGUCACUAACCAAGCUCCCUGUCUGCAUCCUGAGAUGCAGUGGGGAGGAGAGAGGCAUGAGAUUUGGCAGAUGCGACACCCGCCCCUAGACGGUGGGAUAAAUCGCCUUUGCUGCUCUUCCAGGACUGGACCAUAUUUAGUAUAGGAGUUGUGGCAAAAAAAUAAAAUGUAACCUGUAAUCACUUCCGUGGGCUGCACAGUCUUGUGUUUACUUGAAAAUUAAGCUUGUGGAUCUUUUCUGGGGGGAUGAAUUUCAUGUUCUCAUGAAUUGCUGUGCCAUUUAAAGGACAGGAAAUGGGUCCCUAAAUGGAAACACAAAUAUAAUCCUACAAAAUUGACAGCUUUUUCUUCCUGUACUGCAUUAGUUGACCCCUCUCCUCAUUUCACCCCCUUGUGCCAUGCAAUGAAACUAAAAGAAAAUAACAUAAGUUUGGCUUCCUACAAACACUAUGUCCUAGUGACAUUCAAGUGUCCUUCUAGCCUGGGGACCCUGCCCUGGACAUUUUCCAGUGUAAUUCUUCAGUGAUACGGCUUCAUCUAAAAAAUUCUCUUUUGGGUGCUUAAACUUUGGUCCUUUUAUUCUGAAACCAUUAGUAUUCCUUCUGAUCGCCUAGAUCUUAACUCAGAAAUAAGAUGUGAAUCACUCCCAUUCCACCGGCAUGAAGAUUUGUUGCUAGAGCUGAGGACUCUGCUUGUCUGACAUCCUUUGGUCUUUAUGCCAACGAAACCCUGGCGUACCCUUGGAGCUUUCACCAGAAUCACAGAGUGUCUGAAUCCUGUUUUGGAGCCUAGCAUGGGUCAUAAAUGUAUCUGAUUCAGUAACUUGUGGGACAGCUGAGAGAAUACAGGCUUCCCACCUGUUUCUCCAAGCCUAUCUGUGUAUUCUCUCUGCCUAAUAGACUUCCUGCUUCCUAAUUGGUAUAUUGAGGGAAAAGAAAGGCCGGUUUAUUGUCUGCCUUUUUCCACUGUGAUCUCUUGUCAGCUCUUUCCAUGAAUGCUCCAAGGACUGCCUCCUGGUUAAACCCCAGUGCGCCUGUCUCCCUGCCCACAGUUCUGUCCUUGGCCUUCCUGAGACACAUCGACUCCUGUUUGAGGACACUGGCAUUUGAGAGGGGGUUGGUGGCACUUUCAGGCCUUCCGAAGACCGUCAUUCCUUUUAUGUAGAGAUUUCAAUAUCGAGACUUAAAAUGAACUCAAAAUUGAGAUUGAACGUAUAAUAUUUUGGAUGUGACUUUUGAAUAAAGCAUGCUUUGGUGCCUAAAGUUA